AAUAUUGUUUAUUUUUUUUCUCAUUGAAACGUUCGGAAACGGAUCCAAUUAUUGAUUGUUCAAACGAAGAGCCAAAGAUUUCAGUAACAUCUUUGGCAUCAUCCAAAUUAUCAACAAAUUCGUCCAAUAAUCAUAAAUCAUUGAAUGAUAUCUUUGAUAUCGAGCAGACAACUGGUCAUUCUAUUUGUCUUGCAAAUCAAACAUUGGAUUAUUUAGUAAGAAAUUUGGAAUCAACCAAUUUGAAUGAAACAAACGCAAAUAAUAAAAUUGAAUCUGGACAUUGUAAUCAACAUUUAGCAAAAAAAAUGAAAGAUUAUCAAUUAUCACGUCCAACAUCAAUGUUGUCUGGUACAACAUUCGAAAAUAUAAUGAAAUUUCGAACAUUAAUCUAUAAUGAUAAUAAUUAUAUGAAUGACGAUUCUGGUGAUGAAACAUCCGAUGAUAAUUUAGAUGAUUUUAUUGAAUGUGAUGAAGAUUUACAACGUGUUAAACAAUUGGAUGAAUUAAUUGGAUCAUUACAGAAUGUUUUAUUUGAAACAGUCAUACCAAAUUCAUAUGUACAAAUGGUAACAACUGUGCCGAAUGUUCGUGUAUUAAAAUCGAAUGAUCAUAUCGUUUCAUUGCAAACAUUCAUCAGAAACAAAAAUACACCACGUGAUGAAUUCAUAUUUAAUGCCGAUCGUUUGAUUCGUAUUGUAAUUGAAGAAGGUCUAAAUCAUUUACCAUACACAACAAGAUCGAUUGAAACACCAACCAGUGAUCAUUAUGAUGGUGUACAAUUUCUUAAAAUGAAUUGUGGUGUAUCAAUUGUACGUAGUGGUGAAGCAAUGGAAAAAGCAUUACGUGAUUGUUGUCGUUCAAUACGUAUUGGAAAAAUUCUCAUACAAUCUGAUGAUGAAACACAUCAAGCAUCUGUUCUUUAUAGUAAAUUUCCGGCUGAUUUACCAUUACGAAAAGUUUUAUUAUUAUAUCCAAUUAUGGGCACUGGAAAUACAGUGAUCAAAGCGGUGAAAACAUUGAUUAAACAUGGUGCUAAACAAUCGAAUAUUAUAUUGGUUAAUCUAUUCAGUACACCGGAAGCUAUACGAUCAAUUUGUACACGUUUUCAUGAGAUGAUUGUACAAACAACCGAAGUUCAUCCAGUGGUACCACAUCAUUUUGGACGAAAAUAUUUCGGAACAGACUAAACAACCAAUAAUUUAGAUGCAAAUUUAAUUCUAUUAUUAUCUGAUUAUGAAAUCCAUUUAAUGAAAUUGAAUUUUGGAAAUAAAAUGAAAUUUUUUCAAAUUUAUAUCAAAAAAAAAAAACACAGAUAAUUUCAUCCGACAUUUAUCAUCAUCAUUGGCCAUAAACAAUAUUCUAAUCAAUCGUUUGAUCAAAUCAUGCAUAUCAAAUUACCAAUUGACUAUUGAUUAACCAUCAUCAUCAUCAUUAUGAAUGAAUCGAUCGAUCGAUUGAUCAUCCACCCAUCCAAAUACAAUAUCAACAACGUACGAAAUCAACACAACAAACAAACAAACACACACACACAUACACACGCUACAAACGAUCAGAAGCAUAUCGGAUUCAAUUGAUAUAUGCGAUAAGAUUAAAAGAGAUCAAUUGAAUUUCUAUUUCAUUUAUUUCGAUAUAAUCAAUCAAAAUAAAUAGACAAAUAAUAAUAA